AAAAGAAACCUUCAACAAAUAAACGAACGUAUGAUAACCGCAUAACUGUGGCAGGCGCCCAUAUUUUGGAGCCAAAAAUUGGAUUAAAAACAACGUGCUUCCCUGUGAAUAUGCAAGUGGCACACGUACGCACAUAAUUAGCUAAUUGCCCGAAUAGCUAUUUUUCACCUGGUCUCGUUUUACCUGAACGGGUAAGGUAAAAAAAUGGAUCUUUUCGAAAAAAAAAAAAAAAAAAAAAAAUCCACCGAAUUAUGCUAGCCAAAAGUUCUUUUAUUUUUGCUCCCAAAUGGUACGUAAGGAAAACACCGCUUUGAAUGAAGAAUAGGUCUACACAAAGGGCGAGCGAGGAGACCACCGUCCAGGGCAAUUUUUAAAAGUCACCAUUCUUGUAAAAUUUUUUUGAAGUGCUACAAAAAAGAGAGAAAAAAUUAUCGCCAUGUUAUGGACGAUGUGUACAUGCAGGACAGCACGCAACCAGUAGUGCGAUAAUGUGAAUGCAGAAGUUUACCGCCCCUCCCCGUGCACUUCUUACUGUAGGGGCAACGCUGGCGAGGUCAAAAAUAUACCUGUCUGUGAAUAUAUACAACGUCCACAUAGCGCUGCGUACAUUUCUGAACGAAAGCGAUUCAUCGCGAAAAGCAUCUCAGCUAAACGCUUCUUAGCAAAACGCUUCUGAGCAAAACGCCCCUCACAAACAAUGAACAACUCGUGCAAAUGCCUGUACAGACAAGUCAUCCGCUCCUGCAACAAAACCUUCAACGCCGAUGUGGAGGCCAAAGUGAGCGUGCUAAAUGGAGUGAAAAAUAUGAUCAGGGAGCAACUGACAACCAAGGAAGAGAAGGAUAUAAAGCAGCAAUUAAUAGAAGCUAACGAUUUUAUUAAAAAUAAUAUCAUCCAGGCAGUGUAUAAUAACAACACAGGGAAUUAUAAAGUGGAGCUGAAGGAAGAACAAGUCAAAAAGGGGUCCAUAACCCUGGGAACAAAGUUCGAAAAUAAUAAGUUUCCUUUUUGA